AAAAAUGAGCAGCAAGAACUCCACCACUACAAAGCCUCGUUUCAACUAUCAAACCGUCGUUGGUGUGAACGGUCCUCUCGUCAUUUUGGACAAUGUUAAAUUCCCAAAGUUUGCUGAAAUCGUACACUUAACUCUGGGUAAUGGACAAAAACGUAGAGGUCAAGUCUUGGAAAUUGUUGGUAAUAAAGCCGUCGUCCAAGUUUUUGAAGGAACAUCAGGUGUUGAUGCCAAGAAUACUACAGUUGAAUUUACUGGUGAUGUCUUGAAGAUGCCAGUUUCUGAAGAUAUGUUAGGAAGAAUCUUCAACGGAUCAGGAAAGCCAAUCGAUAAUGGUCCACCAGUCUUGGCUGAAGAAUUUUUGGAUAUUCAAGGUCAACCUAUUAAUCCAUUUGCUCGUCUCUAUCCACAAGAAAUGAUCCAAACCGGUAUUUCUGCUAUUGAUACUAUGUGUUCUAUUGCCAGAGGUCAAAAGAUUCCAAUUUUCUCUGGUUCCGGUCUUCCACACAAUGAAAUUGCUGCUCAAAUCUGUAGACAAGCUGGUUUGGUUGGUAAGAAGGAAAACUUUGCUAUUGUUUUUGCUGCUAUGGGUGUUAACCAAGAAACUGCUCGUUUCUUUAAGAGAGACUUUGAAGAAAAUGGUUCUAUGGAAAAUGUUACACUUUUCUUGAACCUUGCCGAUGACCCAACCAUUGAAAGAAUUAUUACACCACGUUUGGCUCUUACAACAGCUGAAUAUUUGGCUUACGAAUGUGGUUAUCACGUUCUUGUUAUUUUGACCGAUAUGAGUUCUUAUGCCGAUGCUUUGAGAGAAGUUUCUGCUGCCAGAGAAGAAGUCCCAGGUAGAAGAGGUUAUCCAGGUUAUAUGUAUACUGAUUUGUCCACUAUUUACGAAAGAGCUGGACGUGUUGUUGGUAAACCAGGUUCAAUUACACAAAUUCCAAUUUUAACAAUGCCUAACGAUGAUAUUACUCACCCUAUUCCUGAUUUGACUGGUUAUAUUACAGAAGGUCAAAUUUACGUCGAUCGUCAAUUACACAACAGACAAAUUUAUCCACCUAUUAACGUUUUGCCAAGUUUGAGUCGUUUGAUGAAGAACGCUAUUGGUGAAGGUUUCACAAGAGAAGAUCACGGCAGUAUUAGUAACCAAUUGUAUGCUGCUUAUGCUAUUGGUAAAGACGUUAUGGCCAUGAAGGCUGUCGUCGGUGAAGAAGCCCUUUCAGCUGAAGAUCACUUGUAUCUCGAAUUUUUGGAAAAGUACGAAAGAAAUUUCUUAUCUCAAGGUUUCUAUGAAUCUAGAACCAUUUUUGAUUCUUUAGAUAAGGCUUGGGAACUUGGUAGAAUUUUCCCUAAGGAAAUGUUGACCAGAGUCACUGAAGCCAUCAAGGAAAAGUACUAUCAAAGACAAGCCCCUACUGAAGAAAAAUAAAUAUUUAUUGUAUUAUUGAA